AGGAUGCCUGUGACUGACCAGAUACAUUGUAAUCAGGACCAGUCCAGAAGAGAACACUUUCUUUCAGGUCAUGGGUCAAUGCUUUUGUUCCCUUCCAAGCGCUUGGACUUAGACACUCUGCAGGAGCAUGAGUACCAUCAACAGCAUUCAGGGAAUGGAACCUCAAGACAUCACCCACUUGCUUCAUCUGGGAAUUGAUGAGGUUGAAGAAGAAAGAAAUGAUCAGUAUAUGGUUGGGCCAGGAGCAAGUGAAUGGAUAACAUUGCAGAAUGUGAAAGGAAGUCAGGAGAAAGAGGGUGAUCAGGGUGGCCUUGUGUUGGGGGCUGCAGCAGCAGGAGAAGGUACAAAAGAAGAGGUCAGAGAUGAAGUUCCUGUUGGCAGUGCAGCUCUCGUGGAUGGCAAGCCCAGCAGCAAUAGCCAAGAUAAGGGCCAAGGAGAGGAGCAGAUCCCUGGAAGGACAAAUGGCCAUCAGCUUCUACCAGGUCCACCAGGCCGGCUGCACCGCCUCCGCCACAGGUUCACUGAGUUCCAGCUGCAGAAGCUGGAGCGUGUUUUUGAACGCAAUCACUACCCCAGUGCUGAAGCAAGAAAGGAACUUGCAAGAUGGAUAGGUGUGACAGAAUCCAGAGUGCAGGUCAGUAACUAGAAAAAAAAACAGCCAUUCUAGAACUUGUGUCAGGUCCUGGAUACCUUUGUCCUAUGGGUGAAGUUGUUGUGAAGAUUUUACUUCUCUCUACUUGGUAAAUGAGGGUUUUUGUUUUGAGGCAAGGGUCUCUCUACAUGGCCCUGGAUCUUGUGGAACUCACUUUGUAGACCAGGAUGGCUUCCCUCACAGAGAUCUGAUUGCCUCUACCUCCAGAGUGCUGAGAUUAAAGGCAUGUGCCACCACCAUGCCCAGCUGGGAAAUGAGUUUUGAACUUUGUCGGUUUUAUACAUGGGAAACGGAAUAAGCAAGUUCCACAAUACCAUAAUGUCUCAUUUUCAGAGAGAACAUGACUUCCUAAAUAAAAAAAAAAUACUAUUGAACAGUUAUAGAGUUCAUGACCCCCCGGGGAGGGGGAACACAGGCUCAGUUUGGAUUAUAAUUAGCUAAAUGUUUUAAAGCUGCUAGCAAGACAAUAAUCUCUGAGCUAAAUUUGAGUUUGCCAUGUGAAGGAGAGUGAGGGGAGGAUUUUUAAGGGUGAAAAGCACAAGAAGACUCUGAACACAAGUAAGCCAGGAGCUGUUCUGCUCUGCCAGGACUAGGUAGUCAAGUCAACCUCAUACUAGUCCUUGGAUGUGUGCAUAAGCAGGCUAGAAAAGCUGAAGUGCAGUUAGUCACCUGAUAGCAAGCAGAUAGUCACGGCUGUACAUUUUUGUGGGGGAGGGUCACUAAGUCAGGGUUACUCAUCUUCCAGUGUCUGGAGUCAGCAACAAAUGGCUAGUGGGUACCAAGAUGGAUGCCGAACACAA